AUGCAUCCUUUCCGCCCUCCUUUUGGUGUCCCCGCUAGACCCGCAAACCCGAACACAACCCAACCGCAAACCCCAUUCAACCUUCAAGAAAUGGACCCGAGCUUUUUAACUUACGCGGCUUACUUAAGUGGCGCCCCUCCGUUUGUUCCUCCAACUUUCGGCUAUGGUCAAGCCGGCGGGUCGCAUAAGAAGAAAGAUAAGGACGCACCGAGGCGUACAAAAAAUAUAAUCAAAUGGACGAAGGAAGAGGAAUACGCGUUGACUCGGGCGUAUGUCGACAUUUCGGAGGACGAAGAGACCGCAAACUUUCAAACGGGCCCGGUUUUUUGGGAUAGGGUUCGUGCACUCUUCUUUAGCACGUGGGGUCAAGGCGAACAUCGGGACAAAGACUCAAUUUCUAGCAAAUGGACCGACAUCAACAACAAGUGUCAUGGGUUUCAAGAAGUCUUCCAACGUAACUACGAUAAUCGCCCGAGCGGUGAAGGUGACGUGGGGGUUUUAACGAAGAGUUUGGAGGAGUUCGAGAGGACAAAAGGCCCUUUCACGUACUACAAGUGUUGGGAGCUACUUCGAAAAAGUCCAAAGUGGGCGGUAGUUAACCCAAUGACGUCUAGUAGUAGACGUCGGGCUAAAAGGUCAAAAACAUCAUCCUCCGUUGACCCGUCAACUCCGACAUCGGAUGCCCGCAAUGUUGAUUUAAACGAGGCGGUGGACGAGGGCAUUCAAGAAGAGUUGGCCCGACCCGGAGGAUGGAGAGGUGUUACAGAAUAUCUUUUGCUAGUAUAA